AUGGCACGGGCAACCACGACUGCUGCUGUAUCGUCAUCACAUGCUAGCAGCUAUCGGUGGUGCUAUGUGGAGCAGGUAGACCAGGCCGAGCCCCUCGCAGGCAGGAGCAACGGGUGGCGGUACAUGGGGCCUGGAGGCGUCACCUAUAGGCGCCAGGCCGUCUUCGGGACGGGAUUUAGGAUUCGUAUCUCCUUCCCUUCCUCGCCUGGGCCGGGACACAGACAGGUGAGAGGCAUGGUCCACCCGCGUGACGCCGAGGCUUGGCGCACAGCGUUUGUAGAUGUAGAGGGUGGUGGCCUUGGACAGCUGGUUGUGUCAGCGGCCGACGAUACCUGGCGAGUAAUCCUCUGCUGGGCGUCAGCUGGCAGGAGGAUCGACGUCGACACCCAGGGCAUCCCGAUCUCACUUGUGAACCUCCAGGUCCGAUCUGGUGUCGACUCACAGAGCCCUUUUUUCAGACAGCUUAACAUAGCGACCUUCGGGCACAGAGUUGUGAGAUAUGCCCCCAUCACCGCGUUCGGCAAAAAAUGGCAAGAACAGCUCCCAGGAGCCUGUCUCGCUGUCCUCGUCGCCGACGCUUGGCGUGACAGUCAAGUCGACCUGCUAAAAGCACGGGAGAGGAGAAGGUUUGGAUUCCGCGAUGUAGAUCCCACGGGUGCGUUUAUGAUCUCAUCUCGUGGUGGUCGACCAAAAAAGGGCGCGCCUGUACAAAACAAGAACGCUCUUGACGGUGGGAACUACUUCCGCAACCUCUAUUCGAUUCUACUGGAGCGAGACAUCGGGGAAGUAAAGUUCGACAAAUGGGUUUCGGGGGAUGCAGAACCACCCGCCUCUACUCCAUCUCGAAAAGUGGCUCUAGACUAUAUGACCAAAGCCAGCGUGGUGGUGUGGUCACAUCGGGGCACUGGUGCCAAUAUUCUUGGACCACCCGACGGGAAAACGAACCUCCGACCGCCCACAGUACACGUCGGGGUGCGUGAGGGACACGUGUACCGGCUUGUGCUCGAGGGGCCUUGGAGAGACAGGUUUGGAUCGUCUCUAGACGUGGCAAUCGAACACCGCGUACGAACGUACCGUAAAUUCCGCCGAAUUUCUGAGAUGACCGAGGAAAAAGAGGAACCAGAUCCGACUGGUUUUGGCGCCAAGACCUUCUCGUGUGUCGCUGACAUUGUAUCAGAAUGCAAGACGUGGUACGCGCCUCCAGGAACGGCCCUCGACGAACUCAUGCUCCACCUACACCUCGGUGGGGUCUCUUGCAAGAAGGGUAAACUCACGAACUACAGUCGCUGGGAUUCACUGUCCUUACCAGCGCACGGCUUAAUCAUCCGAACCUGGUGCAGCGCGAGCAUGGGUGGGCUCGAUCCCGAUGACUUCGAGCCCGACCAGGCAACACGAUUGAUCGAGCUGCAUAAUGCCCUGGGUCUGAAGUUCCACCGCGGGGUAUUGGAUUUUCGAGUAUCGAGCCAGUACAGCCAGUCUCUGCUCGCCCUCCUUGAGGUGUGCUGGCGGGGGCCGAUCGUCGGGGCAGAGGACGCGUCCGGGAGUUCCUACGGAAGGGAAGACUGGCAAUGUGACAUCAANACGAUUUACAGCAAGUCUCUGCUCGCCCUCCUUGAGGUGUGCUGGCGGGGGCCGAUCGUCGGGGCAGAGGACGCGUCCGGGAGUUCCUACGGGAGGGAAGACUGGCAAUGUGACAUCAAUGGGGCACACACGGCGGCUCUGAUGAAUAUGGAGACAGUGCCCGUUUUUGGCCACAUGGAUGAGGUGGAGGAGUUCGAUGGCCACAACAUCGAGGAUUGGACGCUGUACAUAGUCAAGCUAGACGCGCUCGGUGAGCCAGACGUAUUCCAUAAUGCGGAUGUGACGCCCGUCUUCGGUCGAAACUACAAGCGUUACCUCGACCUCAUCGACAACGCGCCUCGCUAUAGAGUCACCCACUUCGUGCGACCAUCCAGAACGGUCAGCAGGUGCCACAUACCCAAACUUGUGAAAGACCUGCUAGCGCAUGAGCUGGGUGAUCCCCUCCUCGAGGAUGCCGACUGUGCACGCCGAUUCAAAAACGGUAUAUUCGUGCGGGCCAGCGGUCUGUUGCAGCAGAGAUACGCGGACAGGAUAGAUGCCGUCAUGGUUACGAGCAGUGACGAGGCUUCGGCUGUGGGUGGAAAAAUCGUCCCUGUUCUGUGCGAAGUCGAUCGCGUCAAGGCCGAGCUUCGGACGGGACAAGGGGACCUUGGAAUCGAUUCACUUCGCACCGGUAAUGCAUAUCUUUGUUUCGACGCAGAACGGACCUGGUAUAGAGAUGGCUUCUGGGCGUUGGGAACCCUCACCCUCGACGAAACUCGAUUGAGAGUGUUGGAGGCGAGGAACGCUCUCGGAGCGUCCGACUUUAGCUACCAGUGUGACGCGGUAUUCUUCAGGGGAUCUUCGUCGNGAAACUCCGGUACCCACGUGAUCUGGACAUACGACACGCGUCAACUCCAGCCCGUUUGCGAUAGCAGCAGCAUGUCGACUAGCAGGGACAACGUCGACAGGAAGGUCAUCCUCGAAAAAGCCUUCCCCACAUGUUUCCAUGUCUUCGCGCGCAAGCGAGACAAAGCUUUCGAAGACCAGGUGGAGAUGGAUGAUGGCCUCUUGCACAUUCUGGCCGCAGGAAACGACAGUGACGAGGCGCAGACUCAAGCCAUCGAGAGGUUUGGCGGGGAGCACAUCGAAAAUCCUAGCCCCUCAGAUUUUCACCUCGCGUAUACAAGGGAAUGUGCUCAAUUCCACGCCUUUCGAGGUUUGCUGGGGUGCGACGAAGCUGGGGACUGGGAUGGGCUGGGGUGUCAGACGGUGGUUGGUGCGCAAUACCGGGACCUCGGGAACCCGGGCACGGUUCACAAGAAUCACAUGUACAACGUCAUUCGAUCCUCGGCAGAUACCGUCGUCGUCGCGAGUGCAUUUGACGAUGGGUCAUGCACAGUACACGCGGUCCAAGGCCGUACCGUGGAAGGGAGGUUGAUCAUACAUCAGGCCCGGCACCGUCACGCUGGCGUCCACUGGCUGUACACGGCUGUCAGUCGAGCGACCGGACCUUCGAACGUGAGGGUCAUCGACGAUAUUCACCGGAGCGAAAGCGACAUGUCCGAUCGAGAGAGAGUAUCGUGGGUUUCUCGGAAGCAUAGAGAAGCUCUCGUCCAAGAACUCCACCGCUCCUAUGGGAAAAGGUACAACUUGUGCAACCAUGAACUUAUCUGGACCGUAUAUAGCGAACGGCAACCGACUUGUGACCGCCUUGACUGUGCUUUGCCCCACACCAUCGGAAACGUGGACGUUAAGUGCCUAAAGUGCAACAGAGCAAGGGGAAGCCUAGGGAGAGGGAAGUCGAAAAAGAGGAAGACAAGUUGA